GGAAGUGGCCGUUCCGGCCGCUCCAUCCUCUCCUCUAUGGUUCGCCCCUCCCCUGGCGGAGGCGCCGUCGCGUGACCGGAAGCGCGGUGACGUCAUUGUUUGCGGAAGUGCCGGUGCGGAGCCGGGUGUCCAUGGAGCUGCUGUUCGGGCGCCGGCGCUCCCCGGAGGAGCUGCUCCGGCAGAACCAGCGCGCUCUCUCCAGGGCCGUGCGGGAGCUGGAGCGCGAGCGGCAGAAGCUCGAGGCGCAGGAGAAGAAAAUCAUCGUGGACAUCAAGAAAAUGGCCAAGCAGGGCCAGAUGGACGCGGUGCGGGUGCUGGCCAAGGACCUGGUGCGCACGCGGCGCUACGAGCGCAAGUUCAUCGCCAUGAGGGCCAACGUGCAGGGGGUGGCACUGCGGGUGCAGACGCUGCGGUCACACAGCGCCAUGGCCACCGCCAUGAGGGGGGUGACACGGGCCAUGGCCACCAUGAACCGACAGCUGAAGCUGCCCCAGAUCCAGCGCAUCCUGCAGGAGUUCCAGAAGCAAUCGGAGCUCAUGGACAUGAAGGAGGAGCUGAUGAACGACGCCAUCGACGACGCCCUCGGGGACGAGGACGACGAGGACGAGAGUGACGCCGUGGUGUCCCAGGUCCUGGACGAGCUGGGGCUGAACCUGACCGAGGAGCUGGCCAGUGAGUCUGGGGGUUCGCCGGGGGUCGCUGGCAGCGGGGAGGGGCGCUGGGGCGCCGAGGCGGCCGCGGCCGCUUUGGCCGACGCCGACGCCGACCUGGAGGAGCGGCUGAAGAACCUGAGGAGGGACUGA